AUUUUGACACUGACAAUCGUUGCUUUGGUCUGUGCUUAUUGCUUAUUUUCUGAGGGUUGUAGUAAUAACUAUUGAUUUUUCUUAGUAUUAGAGUUAAAACAAUAAUGGCUAUAGGCUAAUAUAAUUCUUAAAUCGGGAAAAACCUUUCUCAAUAACAUACUGCUAGUGAUUGAAAGAUUGCUUAACUUCAACAAAAUACUGUGGACACAACUUUAAAAACCGAAAAUGUCGGGCGAUCACAAAACGCUGAUAAAAGGCAGCCCAUCCCAAUAUGUUAAAUUAAACGUGGGUGGUACAUUAUUUUACACAACCAUUGGGACAUUAACAAAGAGUGAUAAUAUGUUAAGGACGAUGUUUAGUGGUAGAAUGGAAGUCUUGACAGAUUCUGAAGGUUGGAUUCUUAUUGAUCGCUGUGGAAGACAUUUUGGUACCAUUUUGAAUUAUCUGCGAGAUGGUACUGUUGCAUUACCAGAUUCGUAUCGUGAGAUUAUAGAAUUGCUUGCUGAAGCCAAAUAUUUUCUUAUUGAGGAAUUGACUGAGUCAUGCCAACAGGCAUUAGCUAAGAAAGAAAGGGAAGCUGAGCCUAUCUGUAGAGUUCCUCUAAUUACAUCUCAAAAAGAAGAACAAUUACUCAUUAUGUCAACUUCUAAGCCUGUUGUUAAACUGCUUAUUAACCGACAUAAUAAUAAAUAUUCCUACACAAGUACUUCUGAUGACAAUUUACUGAAGAAUAUAGAGUUGUUUGACAAGCUGUCGCUGCGCUUCAGUGGAAGAGUUCUUUUUAUAAAAGAUGUAAUUGGUUCUAAUGAAAUUUGUUGUUGGUCCUUCUUUGGUCAUGGCAAAAAGUGUGCAGAAGUUUGCUGUACUUCUAUUGUGUAUGCAACAGACAGAAAGCACACUAAAGUUGAAUUUCCUGAGGCUAGAAUUUAUGAAGAGACAUUGGGGAUUUUGCUUUAUGAAAGUAGAAAUGGACCAGAUCAAGACUUAAUACAGGCAACAUCUUCUCGAGGUGCAGUUGGAGGGCUCUCCUGUACUAGUGAUGAAGAGGAAGAGCGUUCUGGACUUGCCCGACUCAGGUCAAAUAAACAAAAUAAUCAGUCUUAGCAGUUACAGAAUGGCUUAGCUCGCCUUAGGAGCUCUAAAAGGACCAAUGUCUGAUACCUAACAGGUUGCUUUCUACCUCCUUUCUGGCUGCCAUGUUUUGGUAUCUAAACUUUGACCAAAGUAGACUUCUCCAAGUCUAUCUUGUAUGUAGGUCCGUGAAUGAUGAAGAUUUGAAAUGAGCAUUUAUGAAAAAGGAGUAAGGUGAAAAUGGACUGUCAUUGUAUUUACAUAAUCUGUUGUCUUUAGUGUAUAUUAUAAUCUGAUGCUAGUGUUAUCUUCAAUACAAAUAACAAGUCAUAGAAAAGUAACUCUGUUGAUUCCCAAUUUUAAAAUAAGGUAUUCCUACUUUUACUAUAAAUUUUAUAUUUGUUUGUUAAUGGGUGAUUUAAAGUCUUUUAAUGUAGUAACAUAAUGUAUUAUGGCUAUCGGAUGUAAAAUGAAUUAGUAAAUAUAAACAUGCUGUUAUAAUGAAUGUAUACCUACCCUAUGUAUAGCUCAAAUAAAUUGCCAAAUUGAUGUUGUAUAGUAAAUAAGAAUGUUUAAUGGUUGCUCAGUUUCAAGUACAGGAUACAUGACAAUUUUGUUAUUGUGAAAACCACAUCAAUGGUCAAAAUAUGUUUUUAUUACUGUAAGAAAAUGCAGUUUCUAUUCACCUAAAAUAAGUGAAUAAAUCAAAUAGUCCA